AUGAGAAAGCUGUCCAAAUGGUCGACGCAAAUCAGACAGUUCAUAAUGGACAUGGUUGUGUCGAAGAGGAGCAGUUACGCAAAGGCUGUGGCCGCGGCGUUAGACGGUGAUCGAAGUCGUGACAAAAAUGAGUACGCUGCCGAUAACGACGAUGACGACGACGAGCAGGAACCAACAGACUUCACAGAUGCCUUGCUUAUGAGCCUGCGCGAGGAGCCUGGGCUCAAAAUGAACCACGUGCUGUUCGAAUUGGAAGAUUUUAUCGGCGGUCAUUCGGCCGUUGGCAACAUGGUCAUGCUCGCACUGUCUAUGGUGGCUUCCAGACCCCAAGUGGCCCAAGCAAUCCGGGAUGAAGCCAAACAAGUCACCGGCGGCCAACGUUUGGUCUGUCUCUACGACAAGCCGGACAUGCCGUACACCGAAGCAACUCUGCGCUUCAUUUCGUCACCCAUCGUCCCCCACGUGGCGACCGAGGAUACUACCAUCAAAGGUGAAGUAAACGAUAUGGUAUCGAACGGUUUGAACAAUAGUUAA